GUACGCAGUUCUUUAGCGUCGUGGUGCGUUAUUCUGUGGCUAGUUGGACGCUGUCCCGAGGAAAGUCAAUGUCACGGCAGACAAAAAUACUGUUCGGCUGGCAUCGGCUGACGCCGCGCCGUUUGAAUUCUGAUCCGUGACCGAGAUUCUCGAUCAGUCGGCGUUUCGCGGAGCCACGUAGUUGUGGUGUUGUUGUUAUUGUUGUUCCUGCCUCGGGUGCGUCGCAUAGCGAGGGACGUGCCUUCCGCCAAAUGCCCUGUUUUACGUACUGCCUGUGGUGUUGCUGCCGUCCCCUAGAUCGAUACUUGUCGAGGCGUGGGGACAGGUUCGAUUACGUCGAGUAUAUACCUCUGUAUCAGGUGAACACGCUUUGUCGAGUGGCAUCUGUCGUGUGAUAAACGUCGGUAAUUAGCCAGUCACCAGUGGGACGAUUUUCUUUUAUCGUUCUUUUUCUCGACCCCCUUUAGAUAUCUCGUUUAAUCUUUUGAGUACUCUGAGCGCUUUUAGCCAGUGUUGUUAUAAGUUAUGAAUGCAUAUAUAUCGUGUAUAUUCUUGGUGCGAAAGUGGCACGAAAAGAGUCGAUAAAUGUGUGGACAAACGAGUUUCCUUAGCUUUUUUCCCUUAAUAUUCUGCUUAUGAAAGAGAAUUCAUAUUUCUUCUUCCAGAGACGAUUCCACGGUUUGUUGAAAUCUGAAAAAAAUUGGGAUAUCGUGUAGCAUCGUGAGAUAAACUAUUCUUCCUUUAGACCGUGGAAAAUAUUCUUCUUUUUGUUUUUAAUAUACGUAGUUCUGUAAAGUGUCUCUAUCAUUCUACAAUCGUACCAUGACAAGACGAUAUAUACGAGUUUGUUGAUAAUGUUGCGUUUAUGUAACUUUUAUAUAAUAUUCCACACAGGUAGAUAUCGUCGUGAUCUUUAAUGGGUCAGAAUUAUACUGUACGACAUGCAAAAUAUUAUACUAUCCACAACAAAUACACCUCUUUUUAUUUUUUUAUUUUUUUUUUUAAAGGAACGUCGAUAUCCACGGUAUUUAAUACUCAAAGAGUUAAUUUUCUUUUACUUUACGCUUGUUUGGAAGAGUAAGCACGUACCACGAAGUCGAUGAGGGGAUUGGAUACCUUUGUCCUUCCUUGUAAUUGUCAGCAUGAUUCGCCUUCAUUGUGCAUUGUCUCGUUUGGUUUUAAUAGCUUGAAGAGGCGUGGCGAUGAAUUUACAAUUGUUGCGUGCAGUUUGAUCGAGUAUUAUUUUGUGGAAUGUUUAACUUAUUCGCGUAGAAUUGGAAAUUGUUAUAACUAAUGAACUUUUUAGGAGCAAAAGCUGGGCCAUUACGAGCGUGUCUGACUUUCAUCUGGCCGCUGUCCAAUUAGUUAAACGCGCGUAAGAAUAUUGGACUUUAAUGUACUUACGUGCUGACAAGAUGUUUAUACACUGUGUAUCGUUCAUCAAAAACUUCAGAUACAUGUACCUUUACAGUUUUUCAAUAAUUUUUGUAGUUUCUUAAAUGCUUACGUUAAUGGAAGGCAAACGAACUUAUCACUCAACCCAAUAUCGAUUACUCAAGACCUGUGACAAACUAUCACUGGUCGAGGCCGGUGACGUCAUACUCAGGGUGAACGAAGUCGAUGUCAACCGAUUCAGUACUAAAGAAGAUCCUGCAAUAAAAGCUCACGUGCGUCGGCUGUUGUCACCGGGACAGCCGGCAUGCGACGAGACGGAUUCGAGCAAAAUCUCUCACGAGGCAAUGACCUUCCCGAAUAACCCCAGGCCGGUGUCAUCGGGUAACGGCGAAGAUAUGGAACCAAGAAAGCCAGGAACACCGGAACUUCCGGGUGGCUCGCCACAGGAACCGACUGCCGCGAAGCAGUAUGCGACGAGAAGCAACGGAUCCUACAGUGACGCUUCCGGAUCCUCUGAACUAGAGGCGCUACUUCCGCCAGUGGAUAGUUUCAAGGAGGAAGAACGUGCCCAAUGGGAGCCUCUCUCCGGCGACAAGUUCUCCAGGCAGAAGAAUACGCCUAGGUUCGAAGCGUACAUGAUGACCGGCGAUCUAAUGCUGAACCUGUCGCGCACGCAGCAGAGCAGCGGCCUGCUCCCGAAGCACCAGAAGAAGGUCGACUCGCUGAGGUACAACAAUCAUCAUACCCACCAUCACCAUAAUCACCACAAUCACCACCAUCAUAACUCGGUACCGACCAGUCCUAACGAGAUGCUGGGCCAUCACCGUGCUUACAAGUGUACCGGUUCGAAUUCGGCCAGCACCUCACCGGUCGGGAUCAGCAAACGUGAGAGCGGCCAGUGUCCAGGCCAGAGCGAUACUAGCAAACAAAAUGCCGCGAGUUUCGGUUAUUCGAGCGGCUUCGUUCGCACCUCGCGCUCCGAGGACCACUUGCAAUUCCAAAAGGAUCCGUCUAUGAGCGCGGUGGACAUUGACAUUGACGACGACGUCACGUCCAGCUUGAACACCCUGUUGGACACUCGACCUGACAGCGGCCAGGGUCUGUCCAGCGAUCGAAUCGUCUGGACGUACAACGCGCCAGUUAGCUCGCCGUCCGCCUCGGAGCGCACCUCCUGCUGUCAGAACGGCAGCUCCUCGCAAUCUUCGUCGAGUAGCUCCUCGACGGAGGGAACUAGUCCCCAAAGAUCCUUAUCGCCAACCUCCCCUACCUCGGUCUCGUCCUCCGUCAUGUCCUCCAAUUCUGGAUCCCGUAGGUUCCCACCGCCGGUACCCACGGGCACCAGCGCCUCAGCCCUGGGCCCCUCCGGCGACGGGACCACCUCCUCGGCCUCCGGCCUUCAUCCCACCAACGGUGAUCUCAGCCAGUCCGAGGCUAUCAGCAACAUGUCCAGUCCCGACUACAACGACGAGGAAACUAUGGACAUACUCAGUGCACGCGAUAUCAUGAUGGUCAGUGAUCCGAGUGACAGUGACUCGACGAUACUCGCCAGCGAGCCACCGCAGAGGAGGUUGAAGGCGGCAACGGCGGCUGCUUCUGUACCACCGGCGUCGAACGCGUAUACACCGGCGCAGGAGAAUACCGAGCAUAGGAUAGUGAUACAGGUGAAGGGGCCAGACAAGGACGCCACCGCGGCGAGGAACACCAGUCCCAGGCAGAAUAGGCGACGGGGCAAUCUCAGCAAUCCGGAACUCGUGCCCACAUCCACCGCGCAGAACACCGUGCAACGGCCGACUGGCAAUACCACGCCUGAGUUCGUCGGGUAUCAGGAGCUGAAGGAGAGCGAGGACGAGAACGAAGCUCUGAACAUCGGUAACUACGAGGACAAGCACGGAGGUGCAUCACCGCCGCAGUCUGCGGACGAAGAGAGCGACAUCGAAAGUUUGCACAGCUUCCAUUACAGUCCGAAAGCGGUGGACCUACCAUCGGCAGUUCGAUUGGCCAAGAGGCUAUACUCCUUGGACGGCUUCAAAAAGUCUGACGUCUCUAGACACCUUAGCAAAAACAACGACUUUAGUAGAGCGGUAGCCGAAGAAUACUUGAGAUACUUCAGCUUCGAACGGGACACGCUGGACGUGGCUCUCAGAAAGUUCCUUGCCCAGUUCUCUUUGACUGGGGAGACCCAGGAAAGAGAGAGGGUUCUUGUACAUUUCUCCAAGAGAUUUCUCGAUUGUAAUCCGGGUGCAUUUAAUUCUCAGGACGCUGUUCAUACCUUAACCUGCGCCAUAAUGCUGCUCAAUACCGACCUACACGGUCAGAAUAUCGGUAGAAAGAUGUCAUGUAACGAAUUUAUCGAGAACCUCUCGGAACUGAACGACGGCGAUAACUUCCCCAGAGAGGUGCUGAAACAGCUUUACAAUGCCAUCAAAUCGUUCCCCUUGGAAUGGGCCUUUGGGACUUAUUGGCUGUUCAGAGAUGAGGAAGGGGAUGAAACUGCGAAUCAAGCGAUUCAACAAGGUGACGGUCCAGCGAUAUCUGGUACCGGAAAUCCGUUUCUCGACGUGCCAAAUGUUACGGGUGCUACGGAGUUUAAGAAGGGAUACGUUAUGCGGAAAUGUUGCUUCGAUUCCAACGGAAAGAAAACACCGUUCGGCAAACGCGGCUGGAAGAUGUAUUAUUGUACAUUGAGGGAACUUGUAUUAUAUUUGCACAAAGACGAGCAUGGCUUCCGUAACGAUAGUUUGCACAACGCGAUACGCAUUCAUCACGCGUUAGCCACCAAAGCGUCCGAUUACACGAAGAAGGAACACGUCUUCAGGUUACAGACUGCUGAUCAAGCAGAGUAUCUCUUCCAAACGAGUGAUUCCAAAGAACUGCAGUCGUGGAUAGACACGAUCAACUUCGUGUGCGCCAGUUUUUCUUGCCAGCCACUAGCAGGAGCGGUGGGUUCUCAGCGAAAAUUUCAACGGCCCCUACUUCCCUGCAGCCACACGAAAUUAUCUCCUAGAGAACAGUUACGGGACCAUGAGGAGAGGGUGAGCAAAUUGGAGGCUGAACUGGAGGAGCACAGACGACAUCCGCCUGAGAGAGGAGCUAAGGCUCUCACUGUACAGAAUUAUAAGGAAAAAGAUGCCUACUUACAUCACGAGCUGAAGAGGUAUAAAACAUACGCGUACCUGUUACGAUCCAGGUUGGCGUUCACGGAGGUGGAACCGUCUCUGGUGGAGAGCAGUAUCGGCGAGGUGGAUGAGGGAAGCGGGGCCUUGCUGAACUCCGAAGUGGCACUGAUACCGCCGCCUGUUCCCGAUCGGCCAGCCAUAAAUAGGUACAGUUACAGGGCUGCCAUUUACAACCGUAAUCUGCUAAACGGUCAGGACUACGGCGGGGACAUUGGUUGACGUGUGAUGGGUGUCUUUUCAGCAUGUGUGGUCUAAUCUGACCUGCGCACGCAGGCAGAAGCAACAGCUGAAAUUCGGAAGAGAAUAUUAACGAAAAAAUACCUAACGAUGUAUUCGACGCAUCACUUGUUAAGUACUGUACUUUACUGCGCGCGAGCGCGCGCGUAUCGUGUACUCACCAUUCUCUUUUACUAUAUUUAAUCGUAAACUUAUCAGCGGCCAUUAAAAGAAAACAAACCGGUAGUGCUAGCAUUCGUUUGGCGUUCUGCUACAGCAGCCACUUCGAUCUUUCUCGUUAAAUCGUUUAUUUUUCCCUGUUAUCGUAAUAUUAUUUGAUAUCCAUUUACUUUCUUUGCUUUCUUGUUUCCAAAUUUUAAUGAAUAUGUCGUUGUUGAAACUUCAUAUUCAUUAUAUAGGAAGCUGCUGUUUUAAGCGCCCAUGCGAGAAACCGGCUAACAAACUGGUGAUUGGGUCAGGGUUCGCACCUAACGCAGUAAUAAUGUAAAUGGUUCACUAAUUAUACCCGAGUAGUUUGUUAAAGCGUUGACAAAGACUUGGCAAGGCCCGAUUCAAGACUCGUGCCUUGACUGAAGAUAAGACCAGUUAUGUAUAGAACAAUAUUCCAUUGGCCGGAACGAUAUUCAUAAACUGUGACCAUCGUUUAAUUCAUCCGAACGUAAAUCUACCUGUACAGAGGGCAGACAGCUACAUCUACGAUUUUUAAAUGUAUCGUAAAACUCGAUCGAACUUUUCUGUAUUAAGAAUGACAUGAUAUUGUACAGAAGUGACCUAAACGAAAUUGUAAAAUCACGCCAUCAAAAAGCAGAAGAAAGAAAAAAAGAAAGAAGACGAUUGUACGGUAUUUUGUUGCUAUACCAAACUGUGUCUAUCUUCGUACGUAAAAAUGGAAGAAACCAGUAUCUUACACGAGCAUUUCCUCAUGCUUUCCGCUUUUCAGUUCGCUGCUAACAAUUUUAUAACAAAUAUUUAACUAGUUAUGUCGGGUAACAGGUGGCGUGAAGUAAUAUGUCCUCUUCUCUUGCUAUUUCGAGAAAGUUUCACCAAGGGUAACACAUUAUGUGGGUGCAUUUGCUUUUAUUUUUUUUAUGUUUACAUAUUUCUUUUUUUCUUUUUAUUCCUUUUCAUUUUUGUGUGCUACUCACAGUAGAAUGUAACGACAGACUGUUAUCGAUAUAUCUCCAUGAUCAAUCGCGACUUCCAUUGUCUUUUUUGUUUACCGCCUAAGGACCUAGCCUUUUUAUCAGCCGAAGAGUCUCGCGUAAAGCAUUUUUAUAGAUUAUUAAUGUCAAGGAUGGGAGCGAUAUACCGCGAAAUUUCAAGGUAUUCUGCACGUGUUGUUGACUAUUUAUUUAAAGGUUGAAUAGAUGUAUUUAUUUUCUAAUAAACGAGACUAAUCGAAAUAAGUAGUGAAAGGUACAUACGUUUCAUUGGAAACGAGAGGAGAGAAAUGUAAGGCAGUUGAGAACGGCGUGUUGUUUUGCCGUAGUUUCCAGUUUUCAUUUGUUGGUUUCAACAAAGGCGAUUUGAUACGCUGGAUGAUAUGUUAAAAAUACGGCGAUGUAUUAUGAAAUUAAAGACUGGAUAUAAAUCUAACUAGGCGCGUAUUCCCGGCUCGAAGUUGUUCAGUUGCGACGAAAAUUCUGUAUCAGCCAUUUUACACGCGUAAAUGUACGAUAUAUUUUUGUAUUUGGUAUAUUUGCCGCGAAUACGUUUCGCGUCUUUGUAUUCCAAUUCAUCCGCAUCCAACAAUUUUUCCAUGUGUUUUGCGUGAUCGAUUUAUGCGUGUGCCCGAUCCUCGCGAUCGAGGAAAGCCAGUGAAUCAUCGUGCACGUGUUUUUUCUGCGAUCGCGCGCUGUUGCUUUUUGCGGUUUUUUGGUAAAUUGGUUGAUACGAAAGGAACAACGUUAUUCCGGUAGUUUUAGUCGACAACGACGAAUAUAAUAAAACGGAGAGUAAAAACGUAAAAGUGGAAGAAAAAAUCACGAGAGAAAUCGAGUCCUUCGUUUCUCGGCAUAAAAAUAUCGCAGAUAAGGACUACCGUAGGGCCUCACCUUAUUCUAAUCACUGUUCCGACUUUACGUUUAGGUGCAUAACAAGUAGCAAGUUAUCGAAAUUAUUCUAGCCUUUUUAAAUGAAAAUUAUCCAGUAACGUAUAUAUAUAUAUACAUGUACGUAUAUGUAUACCGUGUACAUAUAUACGAAUAUAUGUAUAUGUAUACAGACGAUUGUUCUUGCAUAAAAAGUAUUACGUAACUGACUUGGUGCUUCUUUCAGCGUUUUAAUGAUUUUUAGAAAAAUAAUAGGUUUUUAUUAAUAUAUAAAAAUAAUAUUUAUAUGUUAUAUAUCGUGCAAAAUGUAAUUCUUAUGUAACACUUAUGGUUAAUAUGUUGUAGUACUUGAACAAUUGAUACGUUUCUUUUAAACUGAUUAUAUAUCGUUGAUAUUACUUAUAGUUACUAGCUAUAUACAUAAUUUAUUUUAUGGUAGAAAAGGCACUCUUGCAAGUGUUACGUAAUUAUUUUAUGCCUGUAUUCUGAAUUUAAUCAAGCGAUACUCUUCUAUACUCUUGGAAAAAGCAGUAUUAGGACUUACUAAUUUCUUACCAUUCAGUUAGAGAGAGAAAGAAAUCAAAAUACAUGGUUUUGUGCGAUUAUGUUGAACAAAGUUUAGCUAUUUUAAACAAAGUUUAGCAGAUUUUUAGUAUAACGUUUGUAUUAAUCAAUUGCAAGCAUUCCAAUGAAAUUUCUCUCUUAGAGAACACCAAAACUGUUCAUUGACUAGUCGAAUUAGCGUUUUUAGAUAUGGUUCCUGUAAAUCAUGUUGCUGCUCAGUACGAAUACAUUAAUUCUUAAGCAUAAAUCAUUAAAAGCUCUAUUUCGUUACUUUUGUAUUUUGAUUGUAGGUAGACGCUUUGAUAUUAUCUGUUUACUAUUUAUUAAACACCAUUCUUUUGUAUCGUUCUCGAGAAGUCGUUCACUACAUCUAAUCAUAGUGUACACUAGACCCCUUGUACAUAAAACUGUAUUAUAUGUGGAUAAUAUAACGAUUAUUAUAAACUAUAUAAAGCUAAUGGCAAUAAAGAUAAACAGUCUCCAAAUUAAAUAGAUUCGCAACUUUCAUACAUAAUCCCACAGUUUUAAAUACCAGUAGGUACUUUACUAAUACACUAUGUGUACAUGAUACAUAUGUUUUUAUUGAUAUUACACAUUAUCUUGCCUUAUUUUGCACGUCACAAUAUUUUCUGCAUGCACGAAAUUAAUGGUACUUUUGAUAGCUGGUAUUACAUUAAUAUUAUGUUUAGCUUUCUUAUUUGUACAUCAUUUAUGAAAGAAAUGGGAGCACUGUAUAUGCUAUUAAUGUCGCGAUAGUGUGUGGCUUAAUGACGUUACUACGAACAACAUUAUACAAAGUGAAAUUAAUAAUAUUAUUACCAAUAGUUAUUACGAUUGCAUGAUCUAUGCACUCUAUACAAUUAAUUUGCUUUGUAAUACUUUUCUUUAAUACUUCUCAUAUAUCUUCAGUUGUAGAGUUGCACCAGUAAGCAUGAAAGCAAUAAAAUUGCAACUAUUUAUAUACAAACUUUAUAUAAUUUAUAUUGGGAAAGAAAUUCAUUUGAAACUAAUAUUUUCUUUUAUACAGCUAAUAUAUUUAAAAUGUAUAAAGUAUUCAGAAGAGAAAAUUUUGCUACUAAGUAGUAUUAAUACAAAUUCAAUUCAAUUAUUUUUGGAAAUUUAGAAAUGAGUCUAAUUAUAUCAUCUACAGAUUUCGUGUUAAUGUACAAAAUUUGACUUCAUUUUUCUUAUGGACUUUAAUUUCUUUAAAUAUAUAUGUUAGAACUUCACUUGUACUGUAUGUAUUAUUUUAUAUUUGUUUAAUGAUUU